AUGGUGGUGUCCCGACCCCGCGAGCGCGAGCAACAGGAUAAUGGAGACGCCAGCGCCACCCGCACCUCAAAUACCCCUACCAGGAGGAUGUCGAGAGCUGACUCCAGCCCGCCCAAGAAGGACCGGGAGAGGGAAAGGGACCGGGACAGGGACAGGGACCGGCAGAUCAAGUCCUCGGCCAAAGACGUGGCGGAACUCACUGACUUUGUAUGUCUUCUUUAUCUUGCCGUGAGCGAGGGAGAGAGAGAGAGAAAGAGAGAGGAGGGGCGGGAGUUGACAGACAGUGAAUGGAUGGAAUGGCUAAUAGCCCUGAAUUGGGGCACCGGCGAGACUGUUGCCGUCAAGCAGAUACGGCUGGCGGAUCUGCCAAAGAGUGAGCUGAGGGUUAUCAUGCAUCCAAAUAUCGUCAAGUACCAUGGCUUUGUAAAGUCUGCCGAAACCCUAAACAUCAUAUUAGAGUACUGCGAAAACGGCUCGCUGCAUUCGAUCUCCAAGAACUUCGGCCGGUUCCCUGAGAACUUGGUUGGGCUAUAUAUGUCUCAGGUCCUCCACGGAUUGCUAUAUCUGCACGAACAAGGUGUCAUACACAGGGACAUAAAGGGCGCAAACAUCCUGACUACAAAGCAGGGCCUAGUGAAGCUUGCGGAUUUUGGUGUCGCCAGCCGAACUACGGGUCUUCAUGAGUCCAGCGUCGUCGGAACACCGUACUGGAUGGCUCCCGAGGUUAUUGAACUAUCCGGUGCUACAACAGCUUCGGAUAUAUGGAGUUUGGGCUCAACUGUUAUAGAACUGCUUGAAGGGAAGCCGCCGUACUAUAAAUUCCAACCCAUGCAGGCCUUAUUCCGCAUUGUCAAUGACGACCACCCCCCGCUGCCCCAAGGCGCUUCUCCUGCCGUACGGGACUUCCUGAUGCAGUGCUUUCAGAAGGACCCGAAUCUACGGGUGUCUGCCAGGAAAUUGCUCAAACACCCAUGGAUAGUGAAUGUUCGUCGAUGUGACUCCGUUGUCCCCAAGAAAUCAACAGAGUACGAAGAGGCAGUCAGGAGCGUUCAGGAGUGGAACGAAGCACUUCGGUCCCCUAAUUCAAAUGCCAUUCGCAAGCCCUCCCAGCACCCGCAACCAGGAAUAGGGAGUAGCCCUAUCUCAACACAAAAGGAACUUAACCCUCUAACUAUACCAAACCGAGACACCUCGUCUCUAUUAAACAUGAAUGCUGCAGAAAAGUAUCGCUCCCCAGAGAACACCAACGAUGAUAAUUGGGACGAUGACUUUGCCUCUGCCAUCUCUCCCGGUGCGCUUCACCUGCCACACCUCAAACCACAAGAUAAUUUCGACGGAAUGCUAUCUCCUGAAAAAUUGAAAGCCUUUGCAUCUCUUGAAGGCAUAACGGAGCUCUGCCAGACAGAUAACCCCGGUAUAGACAAUGACGGCCAGAUUAACGAUGCCAUGAAUAAUGACGAACCCGACCCCUUGCAGACUAUUCGGCCACGUUCUCGAAGGUCUUUUGAUGACGAAGUUAUGCCACCACGCAGCCCGCGCAGAAGACAUAGACAAUACCCGGUUUCUGCGUUUAGGAGAGGGCCGAUUAUAUCAUCGACUUCAGGAGCGGCAAAACCAAUUCGUCAACGACCAGCGAAUUUCUACGAAGAGAGCUCCGUCGAAGAUUAUUCAGAUCUCAUUGAAGCAAAUGAUGAAGUGCUGGAAAGUAAAUUAUCUGCCAUGCCGGGCAUCGGACAAGAUGAAAGUGCAGCCCAUACACAACCUGUAAUGGGCCAAGAGAUCUUCUCGGGCGAUGAAAACACCCCCGUAAAACCAAGCGUACGUCGGAGAAAGAGGUCAGAAUUUGCUCGAUCUCGAUCAGCUAUUGAGAUAGAAAUGUAUGCCGAGGAUGAGGCAGACGAGGACUUCUCUGAUAUUCUGGGUGACAAUGAAAAUACCCUUGUCAAACUGGAGAGUGAGGAGGGCUCAGAUCGUAGCGCCUUGAUGCUCAAUUCGAAACUAUCAACAAACUCAUGGCUGGGAGACAUUGAUGAUGAGGAUGAUCCCUUUGCUCAGCUAGAGGAAGGCCUAGACGAACUCGACUUGGAAGCUAACAUUGCACGAGAUAAAUAUGCACGGCUACGCAAUCAGGUGGAGGGACUUGUUAGCUCUUUGAAAACCUCACAGGACGACGAAGUUCUAGUGGAUAUCUCAGAGCAAUUGAUGACUAUAUUUUCAGAUAUGCCGGAAACCAAGUCUGUCAUCAUGAGUGCUCACGGAAUGCUUCCUAUUCUAGAAAUUUUAGACACCUGCAGGCGCCGGGAUGUAAUUUCCAACUUAUUGAAAAUAGUCAAUGCUAUCAUCUACAACGAUUACGAGAUUCAGGAAAAUCUGUGUUUCGUUGGUGGCAUUCCGAUUAUCAACAAGUUUGCUUCGAAGAAAUACCCAAGGGAAAUCCGUCUUGAGGCGGCGGCAUUUGUCCAGCAGAUGUACCAGACAUCAACUCUGACAUUGCAAAUGUUCGUCAGUGCUGGUGGACUGAAUGUCCUUGUCGAAUUCCUCGAGGAUGAUUAUGAGGAUGAAAGAGAGCUUGUGCUAAUCGGUGUCAAUGGCAUAUGGAGUGUGUUUGAGUUGCAGGGAUCAACUCCAAAGAAUGACUUCUGUCGCAUACUGUCUCGAAACUCGGUCUUGGAUCCCUUGUCCCUCGUCUUGAGCAGAGUACUCGAUGAGGAAGAGGGUGAAAUGGCAGAGGUCUGCGAGGCUCGCAUUUCUAACAUCUUCUUCAUAUUCUCACAAGCCGAAAGCCACGUUAAAGAGAUGGUGGCAGAGAGAACCGUAUUGCAUCGUGUAUUGAAAGAAUUGAAGAGAAUGUCACCCAGUCCUCAGAUAACGAUGCUCAAAUUUAUUAAAAACCUCUCCAUGCUGUCCACAACUCUUGAUUCUCUCCAAAACUCAAAUGCUAUUGACGUUCUAACUGAACUCCUCCGAUCAACAAUGAAAAAGCCUCAUUUCCGCGAAGUAUCAAAUCAGAUACUAAACACUAUCUAUAAUAUGUGCCGUCUAAGCAAGUCGAGGCAAGAAGACGCUGCUUUGAACGGCAUAAUACCUUUACUACAAAAAAUUGUUAAAACAGAACGACCAUUGAAAGAGUUUGCGCUUCCUAUUCUCUGUGACAUGGCGCAUUCUGGCAAGGUUGGGCGCCGCGAACUUUGGCGCAAUAAGGGGUUGACAUUUUAUAUUUCCUUGCUCUCGGAUCCAUACUGGCAGGUCACAACUCUAGAUGCUAUUUUUACUUGGCUCCAAGAAGAAACCGCCAAGGUUGAAGAGUACCUCCUCGAUACCCAACAUGGAGAUUCUUCCUUCACUAUAGCCAUUAUCCGAUGCAUGACAAUAUCAAAAGCCAAUGCCUUUGAGAACCUCCUUGAGCCUUUGCAAAAGUUGCUUCGGCUAAGUCCCGCCAUUGCAGCUACCUUUGCCAGGCCCGAUAUGUUUGAACGCAUUGGGCAAAAACUACAGCAUACUAAGCCAUCCGUUAGAGUGAACUUACUGCGAAUCCUAUCUACGAUAUGCGAUUCCAGCCAGGAACAAUGUGGCCUGCUUCGUCGCUACGGUUUACUUGAUGCCAUACGAGAACUGCAGAAAGACUCUCGUGUCCUUGUGAGAGAGCUCGCGGGUCAACUAGUAAAGAACAGCGAAGAUAGCGAUAAUGCAAGUUUGAACGGGUCAAAACGAAGGCAAAGGCGAAGAAGCACCUCUACAGCUGCUCCACCUAGCUUAAUAUCCAGCCACUCCAUGCCAGCUUCGCCUCAAGUGACUAGGCCAAUUUCCCAAAAGCCAUAUUACGAAGGCCGAGAGUCUUCUCGCCGUCAGAACGGACUCGAUAGUUCUCUAAACCUCCGUCCUGGGAGCCGGGAUGGUGGAAGGCCACCGAAUAUUCAUCCUGGUCUGUCGGGCAACGGCAGCACAGGAUUACCGGGCAAGACGCCGCGACUGAAUCAUCGGUUAUCACAACAACUGCUUCCCGGCUCACCGCAAAAGGAAGAAAUCAGGACCCCGACCACAACACGAACACCGUCCCUCCUUCAACCAUCAUCAAGGAGACGCAGACAAACUAAUACCAGCUCAAACUGGUCUUGA